UAUCGCUUGUCGGGAAAUCAUCGCCAUUCGGUCAAUGUAUGAUGAAAAGAUAAAAAUGGACGUCGAGGGGAAUAAAUUGGAAGGCUUAGAAAAUAACAAAGAGAUCCUACAGAAGACUUCCGAAGAUGAGGUGAAAAUCGGAUCCGUGACUUCGACAUCCGACACAGAGAAGAGAAAAUUAGACAAGGACGAAGAUUCCGGAGGGGGCGGCAGUAAUGGAGCAGGGAUUAAAAAGCACAAAAUCUCUAUGGGCUUCUCCAGGACAUUCGGUUCGGUCACAACUCACCAAGAGAAGAAAAAUCCUUCGCCGAUAACAAUUAAACUUGGAAAUCAAAAAUCGAAGGACUCGACACCAGCACUAAAAGAAACAAGUGCCUCAGUUGCUGAAGCUUUCAGACAAGACAGUGACGAAGAGGAAGAAAUGCCUCCAGAAGCAAAAAUGAGAAUGAGGAACAUAGGAAGAGACACGCCAACUUCCGCAGGACCAAAUUCUUACGGGAAGACGCGUCAGGGAUUCUGCGAUGCCAAGAAAGUGUUCGAGAGACAGCUGAGACAGAAAAUGGAGGAGGUCGCCGACAAAUAGCGUAGGGAGCGACGGUACAUAUCAUUUCGGUUGAGCGACCAAAUGGCACGUUGCAGUCUUGAGAGGUCGGUGCCGUAGACGCCACUCUAACUCCGUAAUUUAAAGUUUGGAUAUCGUUUUAAAUUCCGGUUCCGAUUUGGUCUCUCAUACCGAGUAAUCGAAUUAGACGACAUAAAUCGUUUACGAUGACGAGUGUACAUAAAUUUCUUGCAAAAUUUUCUAAUUUUCUUACCACCAUUCUACUUAGCUUUCGAACUCGGUCGGUAUAUUUUGGCUUUCAUUUUUCAAAUUGUCGUUAUUUUUCCAUGCGGAUGUCAUCAUCAUAUACGGUAGCGAUGUAUAACUUUCUCGACACUCGUAAGCCACGUGCAUUUUUUUAUCUUACCCAAUCUAGCUUUUUAUUAUGUUUAUGCUUAAAUGUCGUAAGCACGCCGAAUAGUUAUUCAUGUACGAAAUCACAUUAAAUAUUGUAUUUACUUCAAAUAAACAAUAUCUGGUGUAAAAAACUUUA